AUGUGGAGACGAACGUAUUUGCUGCUCCUGGUGAUCCGUGUUUACUUUGCGCUGUCCCCGAGUUAUCUUCAUCCCGAUGAGAAUUUCCAAGGUCCUGAGGUGGUUGCAGGCCGUAUCCUCUCCUACCCCGCCAAGCUACCUUGGGAAUUUACCGUCGAGAAACCCAUUCGCAGCGCCUUCCCGCUAUGGCCGACCUACGACGUCCCGAUCAGCCUACUGAAAUGGUUCUACACCGAAACCGGGACCGAAAAUCCCCCGCCAGAACUCGUUUACUACGUUUUGCGAGGGGUCAUGUUCCUUCUGAGUUUUGUCUUGGAGGACUGGGCCAUUUACGAGCUGGUUCCCUUCCCGCGCCAUCGCCGCGCGACCGUGGUGCUAGUCGCAUCGUCGUAUGUCACCUGGACAUAUCAGACGCACACCUUCUCCAACUCCCUAGAGACGCUGCUGGUAGCCUGGGGUCUCGUCCUCAUUCGUCGCAUUACUGAGAAUAAGCGUCGCUCAUCUAUCUUCUCCUGUGCCGUCCUGUCCUUCAUCGCUGUCGCGGGCGUCUUCAACCGCAUCACCUUCCCCGCCUUUCUCGCUAUCCCGGGGCUGCAAUUACUGCCUCAUUUCUGGCGCAAACCGGUCUCCUUGGUCUCCUUUAUUGGAUUUGGACUAUUAUUCUUCGGCAUCGCCGUCUGUGUGGACACCACGUUCUACAGACCAUCUGCAUCCUUUGGAGACAUCCUGCGCUCGCCCAUAAUUACCCCCAUCAACAAUCUCCUAUACAACUCCGAUGGCUCCAACUUGGCUCUGCAUGGACUCCACCCUCGUUACCAACACUUCCUUGCGAAUCUGCCCCAACUCCUCGGUCCGGCGUAUGUGAUGAUGGUCCUUUCCUUUUGGAGCCUCCCCACUAUUCCGUCUUGGUUGAAGGAUAUACGCGCCGUUUCUGCGCUAUCGGCAACUAUGCUGUUGUCUGUCUUCCCCCAUCAGGAACCCCGAUUCUUGAUCCCCUGCGUCCCUCUCCUACUCAGCUGUUUCCGUCUUCGCAAGUCCCGCUUGUUUCUGGCGGCCUGGGUGGUUUUCAAUGUCUCCCUCGGAUUUCUGAUGGGGGUCUACCAUCAAGGGGGCAUCGUACCCGCUCAGAUUGCCAUUCCUUCGAUUGUCUCGACGAAUGCAGCCAUACCAAACAGUGGCCCGUCAGAGCCUCUUCGAGUCUCCGCGGCCGUGUUCUGGUGGAAAACCUACUCACCACCACUGUGGUUAUUAGGCGACAACACCGACCCCUUCGUGGACCUGGAAUCUCGCGAUUUGAUGGGCAUGUCCGGGCCGGGGAUGAUCGAAACCCUCGAGCGAUCGCUGCCAGCCUGUCCACCGGGCGAAGAUGGCAGCCAGAAAUCGGACGCCGGCCUCGAUUCGGUGUUCAUGGUGGCUCCCAAAUCUGCAACAUUUCUUGACGCGUACGACGUUUCAAUGAAGGCGCCAUCUGACCACACAAGUCUAGAACUUCAUGAAUUAUGGACGUACAGUAAGCACAUCAAUCUGGACGACCUAGACUUCGGCAGCGACGGGAUCCUUCCGACAUUGCAACGAGUGAUUGGUAGACGCGGGCUAGCCGUCUGGGCCGUUCGAAGAACUUGCGAUCGCGAAUCCUCCGUCAGCUGA